AUGGGCCGUCAACCGCGCAGGCGAACGCGUGCACACGGCGCAGCUGCACACGCGACCGACUCGUUGCGGCCACACACAUUGCCCACAACCGGAGACCCUCUCGGCGCCGCAGCCGUUGCGGCGGCUUUCGGCGAUGCCGAUCCGUUGGACGACCACAGCCAAUGGAAUGACGAGGAGGGCGACGAUGACGAGUCGGCAGCUGAUGCGCAGAGCUUGAGCCGCGGCCAGCGCAAGCGCCUGAAGCGGCGCACUGCGUUCCUGCGCAAGAUGGGUCUCGCGUCGCGCGUGGCGCUGGAGCAGCAGAGGCAGACAGAGACAGAGCGACACGGCGUGUUUGCUGACCUGGACGGGCUGCAGAUGUCACUGAUGCAAGCGGAAGAGGACAUGAAGAAGAAGAAGAAGAAGAAGAUGGAGGGGAAGGGCCAGAGCGACCGGAAGACGAAGAAGCCAAAGAAGCUGAGCGGCCGGCAGCGCCAGAAGCUCGCAGUGCGCGAGCUGGGCCAGUUGAAAGCCGUGCAGACGCACGCGGGGUUCCAGCAGGACCCGUUUGCAGCGAUUCAGGUCCAUCUGCAGAAUACGGUCGUGCAGGCGAAUCAGGAGCUGCUGCAGAAGAGCAAAGCCAAGCAGAAGCGGGGAGCUUCGAGCAUGGAUGUGGACGUGGCCUAG